GAAAACCCGUCUCUGUGCAGAGGAGGAAGCCUGACAGCCCGGCUGAGCACAGAGCACCACCGAUAGCAUUUUUUUUUAUCCUUAUCAUUCUAUUUAUUUUUACUUUAAUCCCUCUGCAAACAGAGGAGUGACGGCAGGCACAGCCCAAGCCGCGUGGCGGUGGCAAGCAUUGGGGCCAGCGGCACAGCCCCGGCGUGGCCAUGGGGCAGCGAUGCAUGGACAAGCUGUCCUCAUUCCUCUUCGAGUAUGACACCCCCCGCAUGGUGCUGGUGAGGAACAAGAAGGUGGGACUGACCUUCCGACUGAUCCAGCUCAUCGUCCUGGCGUACAUCAUAGGGUGGGUUUUCCUCUAUGAGAAGGGCUACCAGACACAGGACAGCAUCGUCAGCUCUGUGUCAGUGAAACUCAAGGGCCUGACAAUGACCAACGAGAGCACCUUGGGUCCACACAUCUGGGAUGUGGUGGAUUAUGUCUUCCCACCCCAGGGAGACAGUUCUUUUGUGGUGAUGACCAACUUCAUUAUCACUCCUGGACAGAAACAAGGAACCUGCCCUGAGGCGCCAGACACUGGUCUCUGCAGCCAGGACAGCGACUGCAGUGAGGGGACAUACAGCCGCCAGGGGCAAGGAAUCAUGACAGGCAAAUGCAUUAAUUUCAACACUUCAGUGAAGACCUGUGAAAUCUUUGGCUGGUGCCCUGCUGAAGUGGACUACCCCAUCCCCAACCCUGCCCUGUUGCCAGAAGUGGAGAAGUUCACCAUGUUCAUCAAGAACAGCAUCACCUUCCCCAAGUUCAAGGUGUCCAGGCGCAACUUAGUGGAGGGCGUCACCACGCAGUACCUGAAGAAAUGCACGUACCACAAAGUCACCGACUCCUUGUGCCCUGUGUUCGACCUGGGAUAUGUCGUGAAGGAAUCAGGUCAAAAUUUCAGUAUGCUGGCUGUGAAGGGCGGUGUGGUGGGCAUCACCAUUGACUGGAACUGUGACCUCGACUGGCCUAUCCGGUACUGCAAACCUAUUUACCAGUUCCACGGCCUUUACAAUGACGACAGCAACGUUUCACCAGGCUUCAAUUUCAGAUAUGCCAAAUACUACAGAGAAGAUGACAUGGAAAAGAGGACACUGUACAAGGUGUUUGGGAUCCGAUUCGACAUCCUGGUGAAUGGCAAGGCAGGCAAAUUUGACAUCAUCCCCACCAUGACCACGAUUGGCUCUGGGAUUGGUAUUUUUGGAGUGGCCUCUGUCCUCUGUGACCUGCUCCUGCUGCAUUUUCUCCAAGGACGGGACUACUACAAGCAGAAGAAGUUCAAGUAUGCAGAACAGGAGCCUUCAAAGUCAACUAAGAAAGGGAAGGAGCUGGACAGUGCACAGUGAGAGCAUCCACACUGCCUGAUAGACCUGCACCCUCUUCCUUCUCCUCUUCCAAAAUGCAGUCGUCAUCCCCAUCACCAGCUUCAAGGCAGCAGGAGCAGCGUCCGAUGUCGACUCACAGGAAUUCUGGGCACAGGGCUUGCUGGGACGCUGGAGCAGGUAGCACCUGCAUGGGCCACUGGGGACCUGCUCUCACUAAGGCACCCACGGGACCUCCACCAGCACUGUGUGGGGUGCUGGACCUGUGCUGAGGUGUCCUGCACCCCAAGCCCCUGCAGCCUUGAGCAGAUCCAGAUUGAGGAGAGGGGGUGGAAGGAGAGCCAGUGAGAACCAUGCUCAGCCCCUCAGCAUGGGAAAGAGUUAUUUUGUAAGAAUGUAUUUUAUUAAAAAAUAAUAAUAAAAAUAAACCUUUAGUUUUUCUACUA